GUGGGUAUAUAGGAACUCCUUGGUGUAGUUCUUUAAAACAAAAUGUCUCCUCUAGAAAUUGUUUUCUCAAUUCUUUUAGUUUCCGGGGUAGCUCAUUCACAAAAUAUUAGCUUUACCCUAGGCAAUCUUGGCGAAAUAACUGGAAAAACUGUUCAAACCAAAGUGUACCCUACAGCACCUUAUAGCGGACGAGAUUAUUACACGUUUAGGAAUAUUCCAUAUGCACAUCCAUUGAUAGACAAGGAUAGAUUUAAGCAAUCAAGGAUAAAGAAUGACACCAAGCUUAGUGGUGAGGGAGCCUAUGAUGCUACUAAAGAUGGACCUCUCUGUCUUCAAGGCCAGAUUACACCAGACUCAAUAGAUAAUCUAACCAAUACUGUACUUAAAGUCCUAAUCGCUGAAACUCUGUGCAAUAUGCCUGGUAGUAUUCCUUUAUGCUUUGAACCUGAUGACCCUUUCCUUGUCAGUAUUUUACAGAUUUUUGAACUUAUACUUGAAGUUGAAUCUGGAAUGAUGGCCCCGGAUAAAACAGUUGGCCAACUUCUUUACGACUGGUUAGACAUCAGUUUAGCUGUAUCUGAAGACUGUCUUCAACUCUCCGUCUCCACACCUUGGAAACCUGAUGGAACAGAAAAGAAAGAUCUCCCAAUAAUGUUCUUUAUCCAUGGUGGUGGAUUCUAUGCAGGAACACACAUCAAAAUGAGUUCCGAAAGAUUUGGAUCCUGGGAGGACGUAAUUGUUGUUGGAAUAAACUAUAGACUUGGCCCACUAGGUUUCCUUUGCCUAGAUACAGAUGAAGCUGCCGGUAACAUGGGGAUGCUUGAUAUGGUGGUUGCACUAGAAUGGGUGCAUCAGUACAUUGGUUAUUUUGGAGGAAACGCAUCAAGAAUUACAAUAUUUGGAGAGUCCGCAGGUAGCGCUGCUAUAAACCACCUUUUGCUUUCCAAAGAGACCAAUGGACUGUUUUCUCAGGGGAUAGGCCAGUCAGGUUCUGCCUUGGCAGCUUGGGCAUUUGAUGAAUUUCCUGAAAAACAUGCAAAAGAGAUUGCUAGUUUGGCAGGAUGUAAUCAAGAAAAUCUUGAUGAGUUGGUAAACUGUUUAAGGGGUUUGCCUGCAGAAGAUGUUUCUAUAGCCUUUGCAAUCUAUAAAUCGUUAGAACGAGAAAAUGCAGAUUUAGGCUUUGGAGGUUCCAUCCCCUGUUCACAAACCAAGGGGGCCAGAAAGUUCUACGAUGCAGCUUUUGAUGAAACCCCAGCUUCACUUAUGUUUGAUGGAAACUAUAAUCAUGUUCCUCUAAUGUUCGGAGCAAACAGCUAUGAAGGUUCCUACGUGUAUGCUGAAAUGUUUAAUUCCUACCUAGCUCCAAACAACCUGACCGAGGAUGAGCAUUUUCUUACUUAUGACUUUAUCCCUACAUUACUUGGAACAGUGGGGGUUGACAACUCCUAUGCUAUCGAAGAAAUGAUCAGAGAUGAGUACUUUGAAGAAUGGCAGCUUGGAAAUUUAACAAGCAUGAGGCCAGGGGUAAUAGAUCUAUUCAGCGUAUUCUUUCUCAAAGCUUCUUCAUAUAAAACAAUCCAAGAGAACUCAGAAUAUGCAGACUCUUUCUGGUAUUCAUUUGAUUAUAUUGCUGAUCAAAAAUCCGUGUUUCAUCUCCUUUUUCUGAAUAACAAGGCAGAAGUCACAGAACCAGGAGCAUGCCAUGCUGAGGAGCUUCUGUACAUGUUUGAUGUUGAGCUUCCUUUAGUGCUAUGUGAUCUAGCCCCCUUCAUGGCAGAUGUUAUACCAUGCAUAGGUCAACUAGAACAGUGUGUUGAAGAUGAUUCAGAUUUUAGGAAAAGAUGGCAUUACUGUGUUAAAGGAGAACUAACAGAAGAGGAGCUUGAAGUUUCGUCUACUAUUGUUCAAAUGUGGACAAACUUUGCAGUUAGGGGUUCUCCAGGGUUCAAUUUGGAGCCCUGGUCUUUAGCAUCACCCAAUUAUAUAAGUAUUGGACAGAAUGUAAGUCUAAAGAAGGACUAUACCAAGGAAUAUCAUGUUGCACAGAAUGAUUUCUUGAAUUCAAUUGCAACAACAGUGCCAACAACAACUACUACAACUACAACUACAACUACAACUACAACUACAACUACAUCAACUAGCUCUAGAUCUUUCAUAUCUGUAACAGUGUUUUUAAUUGUUACAGGCAAUUUUAUAUUUUCUUGAUUUGAAUUUAUUUUAAAAAUUAUUUAAAUCGUUUGGAAUGACAGCACAUAGUUCUUUGUGAUAAGUAUUAUUGUAUUAAUCAAAUUUCUUAUUUGUUAAAAUUUAUAGGAAAUAUUUUCUUAACCCAUGUGCUAAUAUUAUGAAAAAUUUAAAUACAUUAAACAGAAAAAUUUGGUUAUUGUGAAGAGCUAGACCAACUUUAUACAUAGCAAGUUGUACAGUAAUUGUGUCUAAAUGGAUAAUUUGAUGGAUAACACCCAUUUAAAUCAUUUUAUCAUUUGUCGCCUAUAGUGAACAAACAUUCAAACAUAACAAACAUUUUAAUAUUUGGACACUUCUAUUUUAUUAAUGUUAAAAAUUACAUAUUUUAAAAAUA